AUGGCGCACUAUCACUUCGAGGAACCCUACGCAGGAGUUGCCUCCAACUCAGCGGCCGACAAUGAUGUGUAUCAUGGCGACCAAAUGAUCGCGCCUACAGCCACUAACGACCAGGUUCUCCUAGUCGAAGGGCGUCAGGAACACGCUCCCACAGAUGGAUUCGGACAGAGUGCUUGGUCCGCCGAUACAAUCGCCGCCCCACAUAUCAGUCUGGCCCGAACAUCCAUGAACAUCGACAACCUCAGCAUAGCAGGUGGGCUGAUCGCAGAAACCUCCAUUGAAACCACAUACGGCAGAUUGGGUGCCUGGCAAAAAUGCUAUUUUGCCAGCGUUCGCGAGUCCGGCGAAAAGGGGGAGAUAAACGGCGAUUGA